UGAAAUGUGUUUACAAUCGCAACACGUGUUUGACUUUCAAAGCCAUGUUUUACCGAUGAUUUUGAAUUGAGUGCUAAUUUUGUAUACAAUUUGUUGACAAUAUAGUUGACACCAAAUAUCAAUGCAUUUGAUUGAAAGCAUGGAUACAAACAGCGAUUCAUUGAUUUUGAAUAUAUUUCACUCCAACGAGAGUCCCAACAAAAAAGCAAAACUUCGCCAAAAAGUGCAGAAAAAGGCGAUCCAUAAGAGAAAUACUGAUAAUAGCGCCGAAGAUAAUGCCGACACCGAUGGCAAGACAUCGCCGGACAGGUCGUGGAUGGAUAGGACGUCCAGUCGGCCGGACAGACGAGCCCCGGGUGGGGACAGACGGGCCGACAAACGGGCGGACAAUCGGUUCAGUUAUGCGAAACUCAAUUCACGGCUCUUUGACAGCGCUUCCCAAGACGUGCCACCAAUCCAUAUAGUGGACACCAAGAGUCGAGUGGAACCGGUGUUCUCGUCGCACAACUACAGCGAACUCUCAUUACACCCGUAUUUAGUGAAGUGUCUGAGCGAUAGGCUGUCCAUCAGUGAGACCACAUCCGUCCAGCAGAACUCCAUACCGGCGCUGAUGUCCGGCUCGGAC